GCCACAUUUGAGCGUCUUACAUUAUCCUAGCUCAUCAAGCUCUAGUAGUGUCCCUUUCUCCCAAUCAUGUCGAUGAUAAAUAUGUCCAGGGACCCCUUGGUCGUCGGGCACAUUGUUGGCGAUAUCGUGGACCCUUUCAUGACCACUGCGUCGCUGAGGAUCUUCUUCAACAACAAGGAAAUGACGAACGGGUCUGAGCUCAAACCAUCUCAGGUGUUCAAGGUUCCAAGAGUUUAUAUUGGUGGGCGAGACAUGAGGAACCUCUACACGCUUGUGAUGGUAGACCCUGAUGCACCUAGUCCCAGCAACCCUACUGAAAGAGAGAACCUUCAUUGGUUGGUAACUGACAUUCCAGAGACUACUGAUGCAAGUUUUGGAAAUGAAAUAGUCCCCUAUGAGAGCCCACGCCCAACAGCAGGAAUCCAUCGUUUCGUGUUCAUCCUGUUUAGGCAGUCAAUCAGGCAGGCCACCUAUGCACCAGGGUGGAGAGCAAACUUCUGCACAAGGGACUUUGCAGCGAUCUACAAUCUUGGACCGCCUGUCGCUGGGAUGUACUUUAACUGCCAAAGAGAGAAUGGAUGUGGUGGCAGAAGGUACAUUAGGUAAUAUAGUUGGGGCAUUACCUCACAUAUAUAUGCCAAUAUAGUCGUUUCAAGUGUGUGUUUUUGCCUCUCUGAAGGUAAAAUAGUAAUUGGGAGAUAAGUAUAUUCCUGAAGCAUAACAUAUGCUUGGAUGUAUUGGGGGAUGUUGUGUUGUAUGUGUUGUGUUGUGUUGGCAUUGUAUCCUAGCACAAGAUAAGAACUUUAUAUGGUGGUACACUAAAGACUGCAGCAUGUCCUUAUUCCCGUUAGCUCUAA